AUUAGUUUAUAAUCGGAGUGUUGCUGAGUGUAGUGAGGAUUUGCUUGGCUCAGCCCACAGAGAUGUGGGAUCCUCCACUGCCUCACUCUGAUUGGCUCAGACACAGCCAACUCCAUUUUGGAAAAACAGCUGUUCGUAGACACACAAGCUUUCCUCAUUGCUUUCGACGGCAGCCAGAGCAAAAGGCUGAGCGCGAAGAGCCCAGGCGGCAGACAGUCUUCUCUCCACCUCGCAUUUAGUCGUCCAUCUGGCAAAUACACUCCACACAGCCUGCCCUCCCGGCUCGGCUGACAUCGGCUCGCCUCGUUUUUGUCCGUCUGCCAGGAAACUUAACUGGGAUCCAUGGUGCUAAAUUUCCGUUGUAACAAGUGGAUAACAGGAGGAGACCCAACCAAGGUGUAAUGAGAGCGCUGGUCAUGGACAGAUGAUGGACGUGGAGACGUCGUACUCAGACUUCAUCAACUGUGAUCGCACAGGCCGCAGGAACGCAGUACCGGACAUCACUGGGGAGGAGACCGGAACGGCCAGCACCAGUGAACUGACCAAAGACCUGGCAGAGAUGGACCUGAAGGCUGCAGAUGGCGAGCCGGGGGCCACCCCAGCCCCUGAGGCUGAGGGCUCCACCAGCCAAGAUGCCCAGGGUGGUGGAGGACCCUCCUAAACUCCUCCUGAUGAUGGAUGGAGGGGCAAGUGACGAGAAGAGAAGAUUAGAAAGGAAGCAGAGGAGACAAGGAGGCACGAGUGUGGAAUCAAAGGAGUGUAUAUUGGUCGUCCUACCCUGAGACAUGACAUCUUUGCCCACUGCCGGCUUGUUUGGAGCAGCCCGGCUCUAAAUGUUUGCCUUUUUAUUGGAUGUGAUUGUAACGUGAGGAACAGAACAGAGUAGAACUGUCCGACAGUUGAGAUGCUGCGCUUUUGCUCCAUACUCUCUUUGUCAUUUAUGUUCCCGGGAGACGAGAAAGCACAGAAGCUUCUGUGUAGCUGGACCGAGCUGAACUGAACUGCUUUAUAACACUCACCACUCGAACCGUGUUCCAGUCUAACAUGGGACUGUUUAAUGGAGUGUUUAUUCAUAACCAUCUGUGUGUCGUUUUUUUUUCUUUUCUUCUUUGUACUCUGUGUACGUGUGUAUGUGUAUGUGUGUGUGUGUGUGUUUGUGACCCUGUUGUUCAGUUUCUUUGUCCUUUUCAGUAACAUAGAUGACAUUAUACUGUCAUGUAGGGACUUCAUAUUUAUUGCUAAAUGUUGAGUGAUAACUUUGUGAUAGCAAUUUUCUUUGUGUAAUAAAAUACUUAUGAAUUA